UUGUUUUCAUUGCCUUUAGACACGUAAUGCAUUUUUAUAUCCUUAAAAACACAAUUAAAAUUAUUAUUAAUAAAUCAUAACACCAUUUUUGUUCAAUUAAACAUCACGUUUGUUUUCUAAAUCAUAUUUUAAACUAAUUAUUGUUUUUAAUACAGAAAUAUAAACUUCAACAAUGAGUCCAACCAUCAAAUAUACUCAGAUAUUUAUAAACAACGAGUGGCACAAUUCGGUGAGCGGUAAGACAUUUCCGACCAUAAAUCCGGCCAACAAUGAAAAGUUGGCAGAUAUUCAAGAGGCCGAUGAGGCCGAUGUGGACAAAGCGGUGAAAGCGGCCCAAAAGGCCUUUGAAUUGGGCUCUGAGUGGCGGACAAUGGAUGCCUCGCAAAGGGGGCGCCUCAUCAACAAACUCGCGGAUCUCAUUGAACGCGACCGACAGAUAAUUCUGGACCUCGAGGUGGCAGAUGUGGGCAAACCUGUGGGUGAGGCACAGUUUGACAUAGAUGGUGUCAUUGGGACACUGCGGUACUACGCCGGGUGGGCCGACAAAGUGCACGGCAAUACCAUACCGGCCGACGGCCCGCAGUUUGCGUUCACCCGAUUGGAGCCGAUCGGCGUUUGCGGCCAAAUAAUACCCUGGAAUUACCCGAUGGUAAUGCUGUCGUGGAAGUUCGGUCCGGCGUUGGCCACCGGCAACACUAUUGUCUUAAAACCGGCAGAACAGACACCGCUGUCGGCUCUGCAUACCGCGGCUCUGGUCAAAGAGGCCGGCUUUCCGCCCGGCGUUGUAAACGUAGUGCCCGGUUAUGGACACACAGCCGGUGCCGCUCUGGCCAAACACCCGCACGUCGAUAAGAUAGCCUUCACGGGCAGCACAGAAGUGGGCAAAUUGAUAGUACAGGCGUCCACUGUCAACAUGAAACGGGUGACCCUCGAGAUGGGCGGCAAAUCACCGGUAGUGGUCACCGAAGACUACGACCUAGAUGAGGCCGUGCAAAUCGCUCACGAUGCUUGUUUCGCCAACGCCGGCCAGUGCUGUUGUGCGGGCACACGUACGUACGUCCACGAGUCCAUCUAUGACCAGUUCGUGAAGAAGUCCGCAGAGUUGGCUCAAAAGCGAUUGGUUGGCGACCCGACCAAAGAGGACACUAUUCAGGGGCCGCUUAUCGACGACACGCAGACUAAGAAAGUGCUGGAACUGAUCGAAGGCGGCAAAAAGGAGGGCGCGGUUUUGGUCACUGGCGGCACACGACUGGCCGGCAAAGGGUUCUUCGUGGCGCCCACUGUGUUCGCCAACGUUACCGACAAUAUGAAGAUCGCUCGCGAAGAGAUCUUCGGACCCGUACAGCAGCUGCUAAAGUACAAAACCAUGGAUGAAGUGAUCCGCCGGUGCAACGACUCCCGUUACGGUCUCGGCUCCGGUAUACUGACCAACGAUCUGAACAAAGCCUUGCAGUUCGCGCAGGGAGUGAAGGCCGGAUCAGUUUGGGUCAACUGUUACGACACGGCCAGCGGAAUUGGACUGAACAAAGCCUUGCAGUUCGCGCAGGGAGUGAAGGCCGGAUCAGUUUGGGUCAACUGUUACGACACGGCCAGCGUUCAGACACCGUUCGGCGGCUAUAAGAUGUCCGGACACGGGAGGGAAUUGGGCGAAGACGGCAUCAAAGAGUACACUGAGGUCAAGGCUGUGACCAUUAAGAUAGCGGUCAAGAAUUCAUAA